AUGUUCACCAAAUUCCUAAGUCCACUAAAUUCCUCAGAUAUAUGUGUUGCAGAGGAAUGGAGUAUAGGUGUAGUUGAGGGAGGGAGGAUAUUAAAGUGGUUUGUGUUUCGUGAAUUGGUCAUAGCAAAUUACUACCCAUCAAUUUUGCUCUCGAUUAGACAGCCAGAAUCACCUGAAGACAUUCGGCAAGGCAAGGAGGAAAUAGGAGAUGGCCAAGACAUUCUUGUAAGGGUAUAUUCAGAGUGCCUCACCGGUGACAUGUUUGGGUUAGCUAGAUGUGACUGUGGUAAUCAGCUGGCACUUGCAAUGCAGCAAAUUGAGGUAGCUGGCAGGGGUGUGCUGGUGUAUCUCGAUGAUGGACGCGACACUGUUGAAGCCAGUGAAGAGCUGGGGUUACCUGUCGAUUCCAUGGAGUAUGGCAUUAGUGCUCAGAUUCUACGAGAUUUGGGUGUACGUACAAUGAAGUUGAUAACAAACAAUCCUACAAAAUACGUUGGACUCAAAGGUUAUUGUCUGACAAUCUCCGGCUGGGUGUCGUUGCUAACUCCAAUAGCUAGUGAAAAUAGAAGAUAUUUAGAGACCAAACAUGCAAAAAUGGAGAAUAUUUAUGGUUUGGGUUCCAGUGGCCAUGUAAAUGGCACCAUGUGUGAGAAUGGCAGAGUAAGCAACAACCAACCAACUGAUACUGAUAUUGUCCGAGAGACAUGA